ACUAGGUGGAACAGCUCCACUUCUGCGCAUUCUCAAAGCCUUCAGUCACUUUCUCAUGCGCAUGCGCAAUGGAUAUGAGCUUUUCCUAAUGUUUUCUGCUUUAGAAGAUAAAAUCGUGUAAAGAAGAAUCUUCUGAGCAGGAAAGCCUUAGGGCCGGUGUGCACAUGUCGGACUUGGCUGAUCCCGGUUUCUGUGCCAUGGAGGCUGCCAUCCUCCCUCAUCAGGUCUCCGUGCGGGCCCUGGUGACGUUCCAUGACGUGUCGGCCUGUUUCUCGACUGAGGAGUGGGAGGUUCUAGAGGACUGGCAGAAGGAGCUGUAUAAGAACGUGAUGCGGGAGAUCCACACUGCUCUGCUGUCCAUGGGAUACACAAUCUUGAACCCCGAACAGCUGCUGCGGGUGGAGGAAAUAAAAGAAGUGCCGCAGACUGGGGAAAAGACAGAAAAACCCAAAAAUUCUCUGACAGCAGGUGCUCCUGUAUUUAACCCCGAUAUCUCGCUGUGGAUCCAGGAGGUGGUGGAGGACGACAUAUCUGCUCCUGAGAAGCCGGCGCCACCGGUGGCGUGUGAGAGUCCUCCAUCCGGAUCAGAUGUCCCUGUUGUAAAGCCGGACAUUUUCCUGCGGAUAAAACCCGAUGAGCUGGUGUUUGAGGCCUGUCCUGACCCCGAUCCUGCGGAUGGAGACAAACUCUCGGAAGAUGAAGACAUAGGAACAGGAAUAUCCGUCACCAUAGGCGGGAGCCCUGAACCCUUCUGGCUGAAUGUGCAAGAAACCGAUCACAGCCCCGAGAUCCUGGACCCCGAACAACAUGCAGAGAAUGGCUUCAUCCAAAGCCCAGAUGGGGGAUAUCUAUUGGAGUUUGAGCCCAAUGAACUAACACUAGAAAAUGGGUCUCCUGAAGAAUGGGACAACCCGUCACCAAUCCGACUCCCGCGUCCCAGAAAGUGUCAGUCCAUAUUUAGGAUCGGCCAGCCCAUAUCUGAUUGUGCCUACGACUUCACGGACCCUUCGAGCCCUCCACAAGCUCGUCCUUUCCAGUGCUCCGAGUGUCAACAAAGCUUCGCCGAAAGAGAGACUCUUCUCCUACACCAGACGGUCCACGCAACCUGGACUUGUGAGCCGGUGGAGGAUGACGGAGAAGACUACAUCAUCCGGCCAGAGACCAGGCCCGUCAUCAGGAGCCUGCCUGCGCCGUAUAUCUGCGGAGACUGCGGGAAGGGCUUCUCUAACUCGUACAAACUGAAAAUCCACCAGAGAAUCCACACGGGGGAGAGGCCGUACAAGUGCCUUGUCUGUGAGAAGCGCUUUCACAAGAGCGCACACCUAAAAGUCCAUCAGAGGACGCACACGGGAGAGCGGCCCUACGGAUGUCAGGUGUGCGGUAAGAGGUUCACAAAGUCCUACCACCUUAAGGUCCACCUGAGGACUCACACUGGAGAGAGACCUUAUCAGUGCCCCGUGUGCCACAAAACCUUCAGCGUCAACUCGCACCUUACGGUCCACCAGAGAACUCACACCGGGGAGAAACCCUUCAUUUGCUUCGAAUGUGGAAAAAGCUUUCGGCAGAAGACCAGUCUCCUCGGCCACCAGAAGUCCCACCAGAGGCUGGUAGAGCGUAGAAAGCUGACAUGGAAGACUUUAUGGCCAGAAAAGUGAGGAGUUUUUGCCUCCGACACUGUAUAAACUCACUAACACAGUCAAAUCGAAGACGUUGAGCAGGAUGGAGGUUUCUGAGAGGUGCACGGAUCUUAGAGUCGAGAAGGUCCUGCUAAGGGGUAGCAUCGGAACCAUCCACAAGGUUUAGGUUCAUUCAGGUUUUUGGUUGAGUCUUCUCCUGACUUUAUAUUUUUAGAAGCUCUGACCCAUAGAGGUUUGAUACUCUGCAUGCUGGGGGUCCACCCGAAAGAAAUGCUCAAUUUUUGGAGUAAAUAUUCCACAAAUUGGGUCACAAAAAAAAAAAACAGGUGUAAACGAUUCGGAAGGAAAACUCCAGCCGGCACCUAUUUUUUACCAUCGGUGACCUCCUGUAGAUGACCAAAGAUGAAUAGAAUGGUAGAAUGGAGACUUGUAAGUCCCUUAUUUUUAUGCAUUUUGUUAGGUGCUAUGAUGCAUCAUUUACCACCACCGUUUUAUUACCCGGCAUGAGGGGGUGGGGGGUGCAGUUUAGUGAUUGUUUUGUACCUAAGCCUGAGUUGAUGUUUUACUAGAAGCUGAAGUCUGACACUGAAAUAACUUAAUGUGGGAACCGUACUGUAACAGACAAUACCGGGACACCUCGAGUUCUCUCGUUGAUGAAGGUUUCCUAAAAUGGGUACUCCGACCCUAGACAAGCUGUCUGAUCGCGGGGGAUCCCACUGCCUGGUGUUCAUUUAGAAAGCUAAGAGCGGGCGGCGGGGUCAUGAUGUCAAGGCCACGCCCCUCUUGAAGGCAUGCCCCCUCAAUGCACGUCUAUGGGAGGGCAUGGCCGCAACGUCACAAGGGAGUGUGGCCAUGAAGUCAUGAACCAGCCGACCGAUCCAAGCAUUCAGAACCAAAUGUUCAGAACUCUGGGGCAGCGGAGUACCCCUUUAAUUCAUUUUGAUUGACAUUGAUCUGUCCUGGUUGUAAGUCUGAAUAAGCUGAAUAUGGGUACGUACAUGGGUUAGAAGAUUGGCAGAGUAUAGGCUACAGAAAAAGUGGGCAAUAUGUGUCAGCCAACCCAUCUGUCAUUGGGAUUGGCCAGUCAUCUACUGUGAUGCCAAAUGUUGGUCAGGAGAAGGAUGGGAGGAGCCAAAAUUAUCGGGGGGGGG